AUGCAGCGUUUCCAGACUGCUCUGCGCAACAAGAAUGUGUGGCAACGUGUGGCUCUCUUUGACUUGCACCAAGUCACCACUGUAGCCCGCCAUAAAGCUUCCGUAGUCAUAUCGGCACGCACUUUCAGCUCGCUACCAGACCAUGAGGUCGUAGGUCUGCCAGCCCUAUCUCCUACAAUGGAGGUGGGCACUAUUGCUAAAUGGAACAAGCAGGAAGGUGACCCCAUCUCAGCCGGUGACGUCGUGUGUGAGGUGGAGACGGACAAGGCCGUCGUUGAUUUUGAGGCCACGGACGACUCGUAUCUGGCCAAGAUCUUGGUCCAGUCAGGAUCUGGUGAGGUUGCCGUGGGCAAACCCAUUUUUGUUACUGUGAUGGAGGAAGAGGACAUUGCUGCUUUUAAGGACUUUUCGGCUGACGCUACACCUGAUGAAAACGCUGCUCCGGCUGCACCCGCUGUUGAAGUGGCUCCAUCUGCUGCAGUCUCCACAACAACAUCUACGGCUUCCGCUGCUCCGGCUACUCCACCUGCUUCAGGACGUGUGUUUGCUAGUCCCAUCGCCAAAAAGAUUGCCCGUGAGUCUGGUGCUGUACUGUCUGUGAUCAACGGCUCUGGUCCAAACGGCCGUGUCAUCAAGGCCGAUGUGGAGGCUGCCCUGGCUGCUGGUGCUUCCGCUGCGGUUAAGGAGGAUGUUGCUAAUGCAUCAUCCCCGGCUGCCACUGCCGCCACCGCUACUACCAACUACACGGACUACCCGAUCAGUCCAGAGGCUCAGGCUAUUGCCCAGCAGCUUACGCAGCAGAAGCAGGAGGUGCCGCACUACCACCUGUCGACAAACCUGACGCUCGACAAACUCCUUGAUGCGCGUGCCCGCCUGAACGCUGGCCGUGGUGAGGAUGAACAGAUUUCCGUGAACGACUUUAUUGUGCGCGCCGCUUCGCUUGCCAUGCGCAAGGUGCCAGAUGCCAACUCGAGCUGGAAGGGCUCGUUCAUUCGUCAGUUUAACGACGUGGAUGUAAACCUGAUGGUGACGUCGGCUUCGGGUGGUGUUGUGGCCCCCGUGCUUACACGGGUGAACCGCAAGGGUUUGGAUGACAUUCGUAAAGAGACGCAGGUAGCUGUGGCCAAAGCAAAUGAUGGUACCUUUGAGCCAGCCGACUUAGCCAAUGGUACCUUCACGAUCUCCAAUGUCGGCCAGUUCGACGUGCAGUCGCUGGCUGGUAUUGUGCGUCCGGAGCAGUCGUGCAUGCUUGGUCUAGGCGCAAUUGAGAAGAAGGUGGUGCCGAACGACGACCCAAACGCUGAUCAGAUUUAUAAGUACGCGCAGAUGAUGACCGCCACGCUUGCUUGCGACCAUCGCGUCAUUGACGGCGCUGUUGGUGCGCAGUGGCUAGCUUCCUUUAAGGAGCUGGUGGAAGACCCACUUAAAAUGAUCCUGUAA